GAGAGAGAGAGAGAGAGAGAGACGCGACCUUAUACAUUCCCACAACGCAAAGGUCAAAUUAAACAUGAAUUACUAAGGAAAAAGAAAGUUCUAUGCUAUCUAUAUUACUAUGAGUGCCUGUCUAUCUAUCUGUCUAUCUACCACGUCCGCCUCUCUGUCUGUCCCACGUUUUCUCAGCAAGGAUACUAUUUUGAGCAUAAAAGUAAUAUAAUUCAAUACGGAAUAAUCUAAACUUCAUUCGAGAUAAUCAGACACGAAAACACACUCGCUGUCUCAAAGGUUACUGGCAAAAAAGAAAAAAAAAUGGUGACUAUUAUGUUCGAGUGUUGCACUUUACGAUUUGUGUGAGAAGAGCAAUGUUUUCUUUAUUUCAAUACAACCCACUUCCUACAACAACAACAACAACAACAACAACAACAACAACAACAAACAUCAACAAUACCCCCCACUCACAUAAUAACUCACUAACAACAUAAAUACAAGCAUAAAUCAAACAAAGACCACCUCAUUGUCAACUCCCAAACAAAACUUACUAACUAAACCAACAAAAUGAUUAAACAAAUAAAAAAAAGAGAAAAAGAGAGAAAAGUUCAUUCAAUUCCCAGCUGAAACAAAAAACGAAGGGCAGAAAAAAGGAAGAAAAAAACACACAGAAGAGGCAAAGACAAAGGAAGCAAGCAAGUCAGCGCUCGGCAGGCAAGGGAACUAAGGAAGAGUGGGCGGGGCGAGGGGCAUUCAUUGUUUACAUCGGUAAGUUCCCAGUGACGGCCGGAGCUGCCUCAGUCCCGCUCCCUGUGCACAAUGGUCUAUCUCAGAGUGCCAUCAGCCCUCUGCCUCUUCUCCUGCACUUCUCGUCCCUCGCACCGUCAGGAGGGAAUGAAUCGCGGAGAAAAAAAAAAGGAGGGAAAAAUAUAGAAAAUUGUUAUUUCUUUCACUCUGUCCCACGAGCACCGGCCGAGGAGAGAGGCAUGAUGAAGCAUAUCACAGAUGGAGAGGAGAGGAGAGAGUGAGAGGGGGAGAGGAGAGAGGAAGGAGGAAAGAGAAGAGAAAGAGAAGCACACACAUUCUCUAGUUCUCUCUGUCUGUCUCUCCCUUCCUACCUCACUCACUCACUCACUCUUUCCACCCUCCAGUGUGUGUGUGUGUGUGUGUGUGUGUGUGUGUGUGUGUGUGUGUGUGUGUGUGUGUGUGUGUGUGUGUGUGUGUGUGUGUGUGUGUGUGUGUGUGUGUGUGUGUGUGUGUGUGUGUGUGUGUGUGUGUGUGUGUGUGUGUGUACCCCGCUGUAAACACGCAUGUACUCAAAAAUUUAAGACAAUACUCGACCUUCAACCUUAUACUCCAUUUUGAGAGCGAAUGUGUGUGCAUGUGUGUAUGAAAAUAUGUAUGUAUAUAUGUAUAUGUAUAUGCGUGUUUUCGCGUGCGGUUGUGUGCAUGUCAGAAUUUUGUGUGCGAUUCAAUAGCUUCCUGUUUUGAUCUUUAUCUUAAGAAUUGAACUUUUCGUCCCUAUUGCCAACUGUACACACCACGACUUAUUUUCAUUCGCAUAUCUUGAUAGAAAAAAAAAUAAUUCAGAUCUUUCGUGCGAUUUAGGACAAUAAGCGAACUUCACACACUGCAUCAGUUACCUUGUUUCUAUUCUAUCUUCCGUGAAAAAGAGAGAAAGAAAUGAGAGGAGACUAAAAAAAUAAACAAAAUACACACACAACAAAAAAAUAAACAAAUAAACUGAAACAAGGGUCUUUUCAGUCUGUAUGAUAGCGUUUUCAAUAAAUACAGUACAUAUUUUUGUAUUUUUCCUUUUAGAAAAUGCAUAUGGUCAUUAACUGUGUAUAUCCAUAAAUCCAUAUGACGCUCGCUAUUAGUAGUGGCGAGUGACUGCUUAACUAAACUAACUCUGUCUGCAUGUACUGGCUCCUACCAGCCUCGAUGUUGUUAUAAAGAGAGAGUUUAUAUAUCUAUACAUAGACACACCAAGCGAGAGAGAGAGAGAGAGAGAGAGAGAGAGAGAGAGAGAGAGAGAGAGAGAGAGAGAGAGAGAGAGAGAGAGAGAGAGAGAGAGAGAGAGAGAGAGAGAGAGAGAGAGAGAGAGAGAGAGAGAGAGAGAGAAAAGUUCUCCGGAAAAGGUCAGAGAGAGAGAGAGAGAGAGAGAGAGAGAGAGAGAGAGAGAGAGAGAGAGAGAGAGAGAGAGAGAGAGAGAGAGAGAGAGAGAGAGAGAGAGAGAGAGAGAGAU